CAAAGUGCCGCGAUGAGUUUCACAGAAUUGAGUUAGACAGAAUUGAGCGCAUCUCCUCUUGAAGUUCUCAGAGCACGAGAAGCUCCUCCCUGCAACAAAUCAAGAUGUGAUAAAGGAAACUGAAGAGCUUCAAAAGGGAUUGCAGCGGGGAGAGCUCGCAUGAUCAACGAGAUGAACCUUGAUGAGGACACUGGCCUGUCAGUCAGCUCCGGCAAUGGGAAAUUGAGACAGUGGCUGAUUGAUCAGAUCGACAGCGGGUUGUAUCCCGGCCUGGUCUGGGAGAAUCACGAAAAGAGCAUCUUUAGGAUUCCGUGGAAACAUGCAGGGAAACAGGACUAUAACAGAGACGAGGAUGCAGCGCUCUUCAAGGCGUGGGCAAUGUUUAAGGGAAAACAUAAGGAGGGAAUCGAUAAACCAGAUCCCCCCACAUGGAAAACCAGACUACGCUGUGCUCUUAAUAAGAGCAACGACUUUGAUGAGUUAGUGGAUAGGAGCCAGCUAGACAUCUCGGACCCCUAUAAAGUCUACAGAAUCAUCCCAGAAGAAGCCAAAAGAGGAAUGAAGAUAAACCUGGAAGAGACACCAUCCCAUAUAAAUCCACUUGGCUACAUUCCACCGUACCCGUCUUCCCAUGACCAGGCCUCCGGCUAUAUGGCGUCUCAGGAGAGACGGGACUGGAGGGAUUACUCCCCCUCAGAACAGCAACCUCUUGCUCCUCCACAUCAGCACGGGUCACAUGCGGAGCUGCAGUACGGUCAGUUCCACUACCCAUCAUCGUUCAGCCGGCCUUGGCCCGGGUCACAGUCCGAAAACGGUUUUCAUCUUUCCUUCCACACCUACUUUUCAGAGUCCCAACCACCUGUGUAUUCAAUUAACCAAAACAAUGGCAUAACAGAUUCCAGCCUCCACGUGUCCCUGUACUACAGAGAGUCUUUGGUGAAGGAGGUCACCACCACCAGCCCAGAAGGUUGUCGGAUCGCCUCUCAUUCCUCCUCUCCUCCGUCCUCUUCUUCCUCCUCUUCCCCGUGCCCAGAGGACAAGUUUCACAGCGGGGCAGAAAUGAUCCUUUUUCCCUUCCCCUACCCGGAGUCUCAGCGGCAGGGUGCUGACAUGCUUCCCAGCGUGCUGGAGAGGGGGGUGCUUCUGUGGAUGGCUCCCGACGGGUUAUACGCUAAGCGCCUCUGCCAGGGACGGGUUUACUGGGAAGGACCCCUGGCUCCUUUUAUGGACAAACCCAACAAGCUGGAGAAAGAGCAACCGUGCAAACUGUUCGACACCCAGCAAUUCCUGAUUGAGCUUCAGGAGUUUGCCCACAAUGGCCGACAUUUACCGAGACACCAGGUGGUGCUGUGUUUUGGAGACGAGUACCCCGACCCUCAGCGCCCAAGGAAGAUGAUCACAGCACAGGUAGAGCCAGUGUUUGCCAGAAAACUGGUGUACUAUUACCAGCAGAACAAUGGCCACUACCUGCGGGCUUUUGAUCACCUCCUGGAACAGAAUCCACCCACAACAACCGACUAUCAGUCUCAGAGACCGUUACAGCAUAUUCAGGAGUGACAAGCGCGAGCGCACACACACACACGCACGCACACACACGCACACACACAUAAUAUGCUUGAAUGUGAAUAUCAUCCAGUGAGCGUUUCUUGUGACUGAAGGAGAGAAGCCGACAUGGAAGUCAGGGUGUAAAGAUGGGGAAGACCCUGUUGUUUUCACAUGCACACACCUAUGCAUCGUAGUCGCUGUGUCUGUGACUGUAGAGUUUUUCUACAAGUACUACUGUGACGGUGUGAAGGAUGCGGUUUGAGGGUGAGGGUACGAGGGGAGCAGAGGGCGAGUGAAACAGGAAGUACUCGCACAGGUGCACAGGAAGAAUGGUCCCUAAGACAAACACUGAUGUGUUAAAGGGACACAACUGAGUAUGAUUAUUUAUUGCAUUUUCACGGUGGACAGUGUGCUGGGUGCACAAAUAUUUAAAGCUCAGUUGGCACAGCUGCUUCUGUGAUUCACCAUUUUUUUUAUUUAAUACAGAUCUUGCUGAGCGAAAUAGAAAGUAAUUACUGCGUGAGCAGGUGUCAACCAUGUUGCAGUCCAUUGUGAGACCUAGAGAGUAGAGGACGUUUGGCUGUAUGUUGCAGGAGGACCUUAUGAAAAUCUACUGAUCAAUCUGGUCGUCUUAAAAAAAAAAAAAGUGAUUCCUUUAGAUCAAACUGACAAAAACAACUACAAGGGGUCACAAGAUAAUGUAGGUUUAUUAUAACUGAUACAUAUAUUCCUUUCCUCUAUUCCCUGUUCAUUUCUUGCUUUGUCUUUGCUUAGUUUUGCUUCUUCAGCUGAUAUGAAAAACAUCAAUUGAGCCCAUUGCAACUUCAGUAGAAGAAGUAGAAGAAACGUUUUUAAGUAGACUAUGUAUUACAUGGUGACAAGCAGAGGCAUUGGCCUUACAGCUCAUGAGAGACAAACUUUGGAUUGAAGACGUAGACCGAUAGGUUGGCUGGAAAAAUCACACGCAUCCCGUAACUUGCAAAGAAACUGUACUGAAAAACUGAAAAACUUUGGGUCUCACAAAUGGGAAGAAAAACUACCUUUGUGGUCGGCGUGCGGGUUGAGCCGCGGCGGAGCGCCCUGGUUCCCGUGCUGAUGCUGUAACGGUUCACACAGUAGAUGUAACGUCCAGAGAAAACCAAAACCAUGACAACCUACCUGAGGACUGUCUAUAUAUAUUUAUAUAUAUAUGCAAGUUCAAUAGUGAGGAUAAUGCAACUCCCCCAGCGGCUGAUUGCUGCAGCAGAAAGGAUAAACAUUUAGUGAUGUUUUUCCUCUGUGGUCCAGUUUCGAUCUUUGCUUUUACUUCCUUCUCACUUAAACCACAUCACUUUCACAAUAGCUUCAAAAGUCCGACCAAAAUCACAGGCAGGAAUGGGUUUUUGUGUGUGUGUGUGUGUGUGUGUAUGUGUUUGAACCAUAAAUAAGAUUCUUCUAACAUCUUAGUCUGAUUUGGUGCUUGGGCAAAUAUUUGUUUCUCCAUGAUUUACAGUCAGACCCAUUCAAAAUAAAAGCUUAAUAGUUCAAAUAUAACUAACUCCAUUUGCGGCAUGCUGUUGUGGUAAACGCUGUCUGUGCAUGUGUUUAGCAAAGGGCCAUCUGCAUGUGUGCGUGUCCAUGUGUGUUGGUGGGUACAUAUACGCGCCACCAGUUGCACCACUACUGUUAUUAGGAAUUGACAUUUAUGGACUCAGGAUAAAACAUGUGACUUCCCCUUUUACAACAUCAGUGACUCAAACCCAGACACACACACACACACACACACACACUUUCUGAUUUGUGAAUGUAUUUGCAUUAUAAACAUACGUGUGAUGUGUUAUAAUCUGCCAAAUAUCUAUAAUACUUUAUAAAAAUAAGUGCAACAUUUCAAAAAUCAUUUUAAAAAGACUUACAAACUCAAGUAUUACCGUUCUUCAUAUUACCUGGUCACUGGUUCAGUUAUGAGUAUGUAUGUAUGAUUAUUAUGUAUUAUAUGCAUGAAUGACAGUCUUGCUGAAAGGAUGAACUGAUGAUUUAUUUUUAAAUAAAAUCUUUUAUU